AUGGCCAUUGAGAAUAAAGGAUUAACAGAAAGGAUAAAUGGAACAUAUCUCAUUUGGGUAUUCUUUGAUAUUCUUGUGUUGGAUGAUGAAUCUUCCGAUGAAUGCGAAAUAAAAAUAAGGGAUAUUUAUCUUGUAGUUACUAGUAGUAGAAAAACUGCUAUUAAAGCUGUUCAAGAUAAUAACUUUGAAACUGCAUCAGAUGAUUUAUACUCAUUUCACCAUAAGUGGAAAUACCGUGGAAAGAUAGGAGCGAAAUCUGAAAAUGAUUUUGUGAAAAAGUAUCCUGUUAAGGCUCUUGAGGAAGGUGAAGAGAAUCCAGAGGAGAAAGAAUAUAUGGGUGGUCCAAUUAAGAUCAAAAUUAGUACAGAAGAUGAUUUUACUUCUAGUUUACUUAAACUGCCAGUCAAAAAGAAAGGUUCACUUAAAUUUUUCUUACAAAAGUGUGGUCUUUAUAGUAAAGCCGACAUGCCAUAUGAUAAAAUAAUGAAGAUACAGAAACUUCUUGAAGUAUAUGCUGUUAAACGAGAUAUAAUAAUAAGUACAAGCGUUCCUGAAAACAUAGAAAAAGGGAAAUAUCCUAGUGUAUACAUAUUUUCACCUAAAAAAGGGAUUGAAAGAUUUGAAGCAAAAGCUUUGAAAGGUAUAUGUGAACACUUUUUAUGUGAAAGUGGAAACUCACUAUCCCCUAUCUUUCUUCAUAAAUUAGCCUGUAGAACUACUAUAGCGGGAAAAGACAACCUUAAUCUUGUUGCUGAAUUUGUAUCAAAGAAAGGGUUUGGGAUAAAAUAUGGGGAUACCGAUUCUUUAUAUCUCACCUGCCUGGAUAGGUAUUAUGAAAAAUGUGAUGAAGCCUUCUCUAGAGAAGAAAUUUUCAAAGUAGCGUACUGGACUGAAAUAGUCAAAAUUACUAUAAAUGUGAUGAGAAAGUUGUGUGAUCAAAAUGUAUUGAAAAUUAUUUGUGUCAGUGAAAUUGGGUUUAACAAAACUGUUACCAAUUAA